AUGGAGAAAUCGAUUGCUCCUCGUGAGGACACCGUCGAUGACCGAGAGCCAUCACCCGAUGCCGCCGAAGACAAUGGCUACUUGUCGGGACUGCGAUUGCAUCUGGUCACCGCUGCGCUGGCCAUGUGCCUGUUCCUGACAAAUCUAGAAAUCCCCAUCGUCACCACAGCGCUUAUGAGCAUAACAGAGGAAAUCGGAGGUCUGGAUAAACUCUACUGGAUCAUCGCAGGCUACAUGCUGGGAUACGUCGGUGUGCUCGUUAUUACAGCCAAGAUUAGCGAUCUGUUCGGUCGCAAAUCGAGUCUCCUUGUUGCUGUGGGCUUCUUCAUCGUUUUCUCCGGUGCCUGCGGCGGCGCGCAAACCAUCAACCAGCUGAUUAUCUUUCGCGCUUUUCAAGGCAUUGGAGGCGCCGGAAAUUAUUCGCUUUGUACAACGAUUGUGCUCGAGCUUGUUCCGCCCGCGAAGUAUGCGCUGUAUACCAGUUCGCUUUCCGUUGUCUAUGCCAUCUCUUUGCUUCUGGGCCCGAUUCUCGGGGGCGCCAUCUCGGAAACCAACUGGCGAUGGAUCUUCUGGUUAAAGUAG